AUGAAUGAUGGUGACGAACACGAUGAAGGGACCCACGCGGACGAAGCGUCGGAACCUGAAGAACACCCCGUGGUGGGCGAAGAUGUGGACGGUGUUCCUGACGGGGUGCAUGUGGAAAGCGUGGACGAGUCUGAAGAACUUGCUGAUGAAACUGAGUACUUUUCUGGGUCAGCGAAUACCGCUACUCCCGAUCCCGAAGAUGACGGAAAAUCGGAGGCAGUAGGGAGCCCGGAAUCAUCACCUAGUACAUACAAGUUCGAUUGCUCCGUAUGCGGCAAGACACUCUCGGGUACACGGUUUUUGACAACUCUCCACACUGGUGCACAACUUAUCUGCCCAGGAUGUGAGGAACGACUGAUGACGGAGCAUGAAAAGACUGUUCUGCCGGAUUACCUUCGAGUUCUCUUGAAGUUUACCCUUCCCGAAGUGAUCGAGGAAGAGUCGGAAGAGGAAAUGGGGCAAGAGGUGUACAAUAAAUUGAACCAUACCCUUGAUGCACAUAUGAAGGUUGUCGAUGGCCGCUUGGAGAAGUUGGAGACGAGAUUCGGGGAAUUGGAGACAAGGUUUGGGGGGUUGGAGGGCAAGCUAGAACAUGUUAUAUCAUUCUUGGAGUCCCUGCGGAAAUAG